UUUACAGUCAGUGAAUGAAUGUUAUCAAUGGUUUUGUCCUUAUCACAGAUAAGGUCAGAAGAAAAUAGGUGCCAUUCGCCCGAUAACAGUGUUUAGAAUAUGUGGCAAUAUUAAACUUGAAGGAUAUGAAGUGAAAUCAAUCUUUGACAGAGUUAAACGAUCUACAUAAAGUUUGGAAAUUGCACUGCCGCCAUGAUGGCAUCUACACUAGGAAUUGUGAUGACAUUAUGCACUCUUUUUGCGGGAUCAUCAUUAGCACAAACGGUAUCCGUAUCUACAAGUAUUUGGGUUAUAAAUGGAAAAAUCGAAAAUAUAACGUUUCUAGGUAAAUCGUCGACAUUGCAAAAAUUUCUUGGCAUUCCGUUUGAGGAACCACCUGUUGGCGACCUACGCUUCAAAAAGCCAGUUCCAAAAGCUCCAAUAAGGGCACCGUUAGAUGCAUUUGCUCACAACAAUGCUUGCAUGCAAGGGAGCCAAAGACAAAGUAUAACCGAUUCUGAAGAUUGUUUGUACCUAAACAUUUAUGCCCAGAAAGGAAGAGUCAAGUCGAGAAAUUACCUGUGAUGAUAUGGAUAUAUGGGGGGCGGUUUCACACUUGGAGAUUCAAAUAUGUACCUUGGGGAUCGUUUAUCUGUCCAUGGAAACGUAGUACUGGUAACGUUAAACUAUAGGUUAUCUAUAUUUGGAUUCUUAAGCACAGGAGACAGUGUCUCACCAGGAAAUUAUGGACUUUGGGAUCAGCAAUUGGCUAUAAAAUGGGUUCAUGACAAUAUUGCUGCUUUUGGUGGAGAUGUUGGGAAAGUAACUAUCUUCGGACAGUCAGCCGGGGCAGGUAGUGUUGUCUAUCAAGGCUUACAUACAGGAAAUAAAGGGUUGUUUCAAAGAAUCAUAGCAGAAAGUGGCAGUGUAACACCUUGGUGGGCCAGUACGGAUAAAAAUUUACAGUAUGCUAAAACAGUAGGAUCAAAUGCGAACUGCAAAAUGGACACUUCGAUGACACUCCUCUCAUGUCUACGAAAUGUAUCCGCAGACAAACUGAUAAGUUUAAUUGCUUAUUCUUCCGGAGAGGACCAACUUCCAGCUUAUCCGUUCCUUCCUACAGUUGAUAAUGACUUUAUAAAGUUUGAUCCAAAGCGUGUUUUUGAUUUAGACAACCAACUGUCACGUGAUGCAGUUAAAUUCUUCGCCGAAUUCGAUUUUCUAAUAGGGGUAAAUGCUGGAGAGGGUGUAAGUGGUUUAUAUGAAAUGUUUGGUGUUAACGACAUGAUGUCUUUCAUGCCAAAUAGAACAGACUUUAAGAACAGAUUAAUACCUAUGUUAGUGCAAGUAGGAUACGGUGAACACGUGCCCUCCGUCUUGAGCAAGAUGAUUGCCACCGAGAACACAAAUUGGACGGAUCCUGACAACUCAUUAAAUGUUAGAGCGGAAUACAUGCGAAUGCAUGGAGACUUUAGUUUUAAUGCCGGAAUGUACAAGACAUUAGACACACACUCAACAGUAACACCAACACAGAAAACAUACAUGUAUUACUUCGAUAUAGAGCCGGAAACACGUUUAUGGCAUGGUGUUCCAUGGUACCAUAAAGCGAUGCACGGGGAAGAGCUCGUUUUUGUUUUUGGGUACGAUAUCUCAUAUAAGAAUCAAACACUUUCUCCCAAGGAAUGGGAGAUGAACCUUUCAACAGACAUAAUGCCUCUCUGGGCAAACAAAAACAGGUAAUCCGAAUUCCCCUGAUGACAAUGGACUUAACUGGCUACUGUACAACACCGACUCUCAACACUAUCUGCAUAUUACAAGAAAUAUGACGUCAGCAAAUGUUAAGCAACGGUGGAAUAUUCGAGAAGCUAAUUUCUGGCUAAACCUGGUUCCAGCUAUUUUGCAACCUACAACCUGUAGCAACACCGACCCCUAAUUGAAAGAGAACAAAGUGCGACUGAGUUAUACUUUGAAAAACAUUCAAAAUAUAUUGAAAUAUUGUUGACUUUAGUUAUUCUCAUAUGACUUUUAAAAUGAGCGCUUCAGACUUCAUAUGUGUCGGUAAUUCAGACCUUAAUGUUUUAUUUCGCAUAUGUAACUUCUGUCUUAUUUAACGAUAAAAUUUACAGCUUAAUCUAUGCUUCUUUAUUAUCCCCCGCCGAUGAAAUCGGGAGGGGGGUAUUGAAAUGGCGUUGUCCGUCCGUCAGUCCGUCAUACCGUCAGUCCGCCCGUCCGCAGCCAUUUCUCAGUAACUACUUGGUAGAAUUUCAUGAAACUUGAAAGAAACAUGAACCAACAUACUGCGAUGAUGCCCGUCAAGUUUUUUUUUUGAUUGGUCAAUUUCCCUCAGAGUUAUUGCCCUUGAUUUAAUAAAAAUGUCCGUCUGCAGCCAUUUCUAAGUAAUUAGCAGGUAGAAUUUCAUCAAACUUGAAAUAGACAUGAACCAAGAUACUGCGAUGAUGCCCUUCAAGUUUUUUGUUUUUCGAUUGAUCAGUUUUCCAUAUAGUUAUUGCCCUUUAAUUGUUUAAAAAUCCACAGAUCUGUACAUAACAAACCAACCAAUUAGAAGAAUUUCAUUAAACUUCUUUCAUUCUUUUCCAUGAACAAUUAUUAUAAACAUGUGAUGUUGUGUACCUACACCUGGUCGCUA